CCCUACCAUGAUGCAACAAUCUGAAGCAGCCUGUCAACGGCCUGAUGACCCUACCACGAUGCAACAACCUGAAGCAGCCUACCAACGGACUGAUGACGUCCCUUCCAUGAUCCAACAAUCUGCAGCAGCCUACCAAUGGACUGAUGACAUCCCUUCCAUGAUCGAACAAUCUGCAGCAGCCCACCAAUGGACUGAUGACAUCCUUUCCAUGAUCGAACAAUCUGCAGCAGCCCACCAAUGGACUGAUGACAUCCCUUCCAUGAUCGAACAAUCUGCAGCAGCCCACCAAUGGACUGAUGACAUCCCUUCCAUGAUCGAACAACCUGAAGCAGCCUACCAACGGACUGAUGACGUCCCUUCCAUGAUGCAACAAUCUGCAGCAGCCCACCAAUGGACUGAUGACGUCCCUUCCAUGAUCGAGCAACCUGAAGCAGCCUUCCAACGGACUGAUGACGUCCCUUCCAUGAUCGAACAAUCUGCAGCAGCCCACCAAUGGACUGAUGACAUCCCUUCCAUGAUCCAACAAUCUGCAGCAGCCCACCAAUGGACUGAUGACAUCCUUCCCAUGAUGCAACAAUCUGCAGCAGCCUACCAACGGACUGAUGACAUCCUUCCCAUGAUGCAACAAUCUGCAGCAGCCUACCAAUGGACUUCUGCUCCUACCACUAUGCAACAGGAGGCUCAGGUACCUGCUGCAUUAGAUGAUGCACAUGCAUCACACCACUCUGGUCAUCCAUCAGUUGACAUAUCAGAGAAUCCACCAAGUACAUCACAGCAACCACCAACACGGCAUGUGGCCUCAGGUGCACAAGAUUCCCCAAGACUGGAACCAACUGGAACCAUCGGAAACAGCGGCACAAUCAGUGGCAGCAACAACCCUGUCAUUGUUGGUUCAAAUGUUGGUUCAAUCAAUUACACCUUCCUGUUGGAGGGACCUGGAUGCAGCACACCCAUAGACAGGAAGCUUGGCAGUCCGGCCCAAGAUGCUGCUGACUGCUGUGAAGGUGAACUGAAGUCAUACUACAGGGGGAGAGGUAGCUUUGUUAAGUUGAUUCCAUGGGAGGGUGAUGACAGGAAACACAUCACAGAUAUGUACACAAGACUACAGUUAAUAACUGGUAUUAAGGACAAAGACAGGCUGGUAUCGUAUAACGAAAUAUUACAACUUAAGACAAAAGAGGGAGACCUGAUCCCAAUAGCUGUUUUAACUGGGUUGGCUGGUAGAGGAAAGACCACACUUUUUGAAAAAAUGCCAUAUGAUUGGGCAGUUGGUUCUAGUCAGGUACUACAGAGGUAUAAACUUGUCUUCCUGUUGAAAAUGCACGCACUGGAGCAGAGUUCAGAUCUUGUUGAUGCAGUUUUUGACCAACUCUUGGCUAAAGAUACAAGUAUUGAUAGAGGUGCCCUGGGCAUGUUUAUCAAGAACAGUCCUGGAAAGGUCCUCAUUUUACUUGAUGGCUUUGAUGAGCUCAUGACUACCUCCUUGUGUGAAUCCUCGUUUGGUUCCAUCCAGGAAGUCCUUAAUGGAACGAUGCUGCGAGGUUGUACUGUACUUGUGAGCACCCGCCCCUCACACUUUGACAGACUUGUUUCAGAGAACCUGGUUCAGGAACCAUUCACACAUGUCAGGGUCCUGGGUUUUAGUAGAGACGAUGUCACUGAGUAUGUGAAUAAAUUUUUCACUGGCGAAACUGACAAGGCCAAGGGGCUUCUUGAAAGGAUAAGAUUUUCACGUCUUCUGUCUACUUUAGCUGAGAGUCCAAUGCUUGUUCUUUUGAUGUGUGUACUAUGGAGAGAAGAUUGCACACUCCGAGAAACAAUGUCACGUUUGUAUCUUGAUGGAGUGCCAUAUGUCUUCAAAAGAAAAGGAUUGGACUCACAAGAUGAAGUAUCAAAAGUUAUGAUUGAAAUUGGCAAGGUUGCGUUGCAUGGUCUUCUUUCUCCAGAUCAGUCACUCUCUUUCAAAGAAAGUGACUUUGAGCCGAGUGUGCUUGAGCAGGCUCUGACAGCAGGCAUUCUGACCAGACAGAGAGUCCGCAAGAGACUACAGAGUCACAACAGUUAUCAGUUUAUUCACAAGACAUUCCAGGAAUUCUCUGCUGCUGCUUACUUGCAAAGCUUGUUAGAAGCAGACCCAGAGGAAUUUCAGAAGAUUUUGAAUGAAAUUAUGUCCAAGGGUGCAUGGAGGUUUGAGUAUCUUCUGCGCUUUUGUUGUGGUGACAAUGAGGCAUGUACAUAUGAGAUUCUGACGGUAUUUCAGGUGAGGUGUCGUAAGGAGUUGUCCUUCAAGUCAUCCUCACAGAUGGGUCAGUUGGCUCUGCAUUGUUUCUUUGAAGGCCAAUCGAAGCGUUUGCCUCCAGAGGAAUUCAUACAUUCAUUCAUAACUGAUGAAAUCUCCAUUAGAGACCUUGACAGGGAUAAUCUGAACUCAGUCAUACACUUUCUGAAAUGUGUUGCUGAACAGACAAAAAACAGUGGCAACACAUACCUUGCUAAGGUAAAGAAAUUAUUUGUAAACGUUGAUGAACGGACAUGGUUUAUUGGCAUGAUUGAGGAGUUAGCUGUUACCAUGUGUGCAAUGACAAACCUUAAUGCUGUACAUUUCUUGUUUUGCCUACCAUUGACUGGUAGCAACAUGGCAGAUAUUGCUAAGUCGCUCAAGGACCUAACCAACUUGCGUGAAUUUUUUAUUCAUUGUAGUAGAAACCUGGGUGGUACAGCAGCAUUAUGGUGCAUGCAUUUGAAGCAGUUGAAAUCUCUCAAGAAGCUGCACUUGAGUGCCUGCAGUUUGAAUGGCCAGGACAUAACACUUAUUGCUGAGUCACUUAUUGAUUUACCUAACUUCAGUGAAUUGAACCUUUUUAGUAAUGACCUGGGUGGUACAGCAGCAUUGUGGUGCAUGCAUUUGAAGCAGUUCAAGUCCCUCAGGAAGCUGAACUUGAAUUCUUGCUCAUUAAAUGUAAAGGAUAUCAAACAUGUUGCUGAGUCAUUCAGGGAUCUACCCAACUUGGUUGAAUUGGAUUUUUCUCAUAAUAACCUGGGUGGUACUUCAGCAUUAUGGUACACGCAUUUUAACCAGUUGAAGUCCCUUACAAAGCUGGAUUUGGGUAGCUGCUCAUUGAAUGGAAAGGACCUGAAACAUGUUGCUGAGUCACUCAGGGAUCUACCCAACUUGGCUGAAUUGUAUCUUUAUUUUAAUAGACUGGGUGGUACAGCAGCAUUAUGGUGCAUGGAGGUAAAGCAGCUGCUGCACCUUCAGAGGCUGAACCUCAUAUACUGUCACCUGACAGAGGAAGACAAGAACCAUAUUGAUGAGUCACUCAGUGACCUAAGGAAGAAUGGAUUAGACAUUGACAUGCUGUAUCAAUAGUAAUAAUCUCUGUGGGAAGGAAUGCAUGUAAUUUUAACUGCCUAUUCAUUGCACCAUCAAAACCAUGUGAAUGUCAGUAAGAUACAUAACCUAUAUGAGUAACAAUAUCUUCCACAUACUUUGGUUUUGAAUAAUAUAAACUAUGCCAAAGCUUUUUCAUAAGCUUUUUCUUUGUUAGGCAGUUAGAGGGAAGAUCUAAAACCUAGCUAGAAGCAAAAUUGUAACAGGAGUGAUUUGAGUUAAGCAAGAGAUUUCCUCAGUGGCAUACAUGUGGCUACUUCAUUGCAAUUGGAACCGUUCUUUCUAUUAAGCUGCACAUCACUGCACAUUGACAGUUACAGAUGUGAAGCAUAGAUGACAUUGUAGUAGGUGUGGCACUGAUGGGCAGGACUUCUGCCUAAAUUGGUCGGACUGCAGAAUCUUUACUUUCAUUAACACAAGACAUUGGUGACUCAGCAACAUCAUGCAAGUCAAGGACACAUCUAUCAGUCAACUGUUUAAUGUUGUCACCCAUUUCAAAGCUGGAAAGGUGAAUUUCUGAUUGUAACAUUCUGUUAUUAAUCUGACAUUGUCUUCAUGAGGUGAUUUUGCAUUUUAAAAACCAGGGUCUUUUCAAACCAGGAUUUUGUUGCUUUUAUUUUACACAUCCCAUUGUAACUUACACUUGUUGCCUGUUGUGAUGGGGUCCAUGGUGUUUUGUACACCCGAGAGUCGCCUCGGAUUCCAUUUGCACCCGAGGGUGUACAAAACCCAUGGAACGCAGGCAACAAUUGUUUUGUUAUACCACGGUAAUAGAUUCCAAACGUCUGAAAUUGUGGGUUUCCUCCAGUUGCCAUGCAGUAAUCACGGAAGUAUUGGAAAGAUCCGCGAUUACUGCACUGUGAAUAUUCACACAGAAUAUUUUUGUUCAUUGCAGGAACACAAAUUAAUUUACCUUUUCCAGAAUAGACCAAUCCAUCAAUCCCUGCCCCGUUAUGCACA